CUGACGUACAUUGCUUUGCUGAGCUUUUGUCCGCUCCUCUAUCCUAUCAACCUUUUACUCGCAUCCUUCUGAGUGGGCAUUUUCGUUACUGCGUCCUUUAGGUGGAACAACUCUAGCUUCUCAAUCCUCCUCAUCUGUUAUUUCCUGCUCUAUCCCACCUCCGCCAUCAUGUCUGUAACUCCAGUCAUUACGUUCAAAGCGGGUAUCUGUGACAUCGAGUCCGGCAAUGUUGUCAAACCCAAGCCCACACCCGGUUAUCUCUACCUGUACAUUGAAGAUGAAUUGCCACACCUCUGCUGGCGCCCGAGAACUGCCCCUCACACCGAGCCCGACUUGGAUCUCGUGAUGGUUCCUGCCGACGGCACUUUUACUCCUUACAAGCCUGCUGGAAACGAGGCCCCUACCAACGGUCGGCUCUUUGUCCUGAAGUUCUGCUCGAGCUCACAACGGUAUCUGUUCUGGCUGCAGUCCAAGUCGCAACAUGAGGGUGGUAACCCCAGCUGGUUCAGCCCCAGAGAUCUUCGAUUGGGCGAGAUCAUCAACUCGUUGCUUCAGGGCGAGGAUUUGGAUAUGGAAGAAGAGAUUGCCAACCUCCCUCGGGGUCCCUCGAGCGGCGGUGAUGACGACGAGACUAUGGAGGAUGUAGAAGGCGUGGAUCACGACCCCAACCAUAACCACGGAGGCAACAGUGGAGGAGCCGGCCCUGAUGCUACGGGAGGUGAUGUUCGGGAGGAGGGUCAAGGAUCGAGGGAAGGUGGUGCCGAUGGUGGACGAGCGUAGGGCAGCUGCUGACUCGGAUCCUUCAUCUGUCGUG